UUGACUCCACCUCAUGAUGCCAUUUAGCAACAGAUGAGGAGCGUUUCAUGUUCAUUUUGAGCACACAGAGGAGAGCAUUUCCUACGAUAGAGUGCCCCGGGGAGAUACUUUUUGACAGUGUAAUGUUUGUCAGGGUCUCGGUGCUUCGCCUCUCUCUUGCACCGUAGCUAACCACCGUGUUAGCGGCUUUCUCACCCACCCAAAAACCGCGUGUUUUACAGCUGGCACUGGUGAGUUCCUGUGGUGGAUCGUUAUGGAUGUGCUAUGGAUGGUGCCGCUGCUGCUGAUCCCACUCCUGAUGUGGACCAGCAGCACGUUUGUUUUUUAUUUCAAAAAGUGCUUUUACGUCGCAUGGAUGAUGUGCCUGGCCCUGUUUGCGAUCCCUCUGUGUAUACUGAAAAGCGGGGGCAGAGACAUUGAAAACAUGAGGAUUAUCCGCUUCCUGGUUCGUCAUGUGAAGUAUUUCCUGGGUCUUCGAUUUGAAGUGAGCGGGUGGGAACAUCUGCAGACAGAGGGACCCUAUGUCAUCAUCUCCAACCACCAGAGCUCCCUGGAUGUUUUGGGUCUGAUGGAGAUCUUACCAGACCGCUGCACCAUGAUUGCCAAGAAGGAGCUGAUCUACGCGGGCACAGUCGGCCUCAUCUGCUGGCUGGGUGGCAUCGUCUUUAUCAACCGCAAGAAGACCAGCGACGCCAAGAGUGUCAUGGCUGGCGCUGCCAAAACCAUGUUGGACGACCAGAUUCGUCUGUGGGUGUUCCCAGAGGGAACGCGAAACCAGAGAGGCGACCUGCUGCCCUUUAAAAAAGGCGCUUUCCACCUGGCAGUGCAGGCCCAAGCACCCAUCAUACCUGUCGUUUUCUCCUCCUACAGCAACUUCUACCUACGAAAAGAAAAGCAGUUCAAAUCAGGGACCAUCAGAUUGAAGAUCCUUCCAAAGAUCGAGACAAAGGGGAUGACGUCGGAGGAUGUGUCUUCCCUCUCUGACAAAUCCUUCAACGUGAUGCGCUCCGCCUUCCUGGAAAUUUCUGACUCCGUAACCCAGAGCAACGGGCCCUUGAGGCACUGAACAUUUACCAUACUCUGCCGCCUCUCUUUCUCCUAUGUCUGAGACCCAUUCCUCCCUGCCCCCGAGACCUCCCCGCUCCCCCCUCCCCCUGCCACCCACCUACCCUGCCCCUCCAGGUUGUCCCAUUACCUGGCCAGGAAACAACAUGACACAGGUUCUCUUGUCAUGAAGUCUCUUCUUGUCUAGUUGACGCCUGGUCCAGUCCGCCUCUGGCCUGACCAUACAGCACAGUCAGUCCCGACCCUCACCGUGCCAGCAGCGCUGCUCUGCACGCCGUGAGCGGAGUGACGGACGGCAAGCCGAACAGUAUGGAUGUGUGUUGUUCUUCAUGCAUGCCUUUUGGAUGGCUCUGUCCACCUUCAACCUUGCUUUGUUCUCUGGCUUUGGAAGCCUGGUUUUAUUAUUGUCUUACUUUAUUGCCAUUUUUUCCCUUUUUUCCUCCUUUUGCUUCUGUUUGGCAGAUAAACCUUGGCAUUUUCUCUUUUCUGUUCAUAAAUGUCAGUAGGUAUUUAUGCGUUUCUCAUGCUGCCUUUGUUUAUAGUUAUCUUUGGACACGCACACACAUUCAAUGUAGCCCAUCUCCUUCAUUCCUUCCUUUCCUUUUUAGUGUGCUCUCCCCCUUUCUGCAUUCCAGUCUCUUGCCUAAAGACAAAAGGAGCGGGGUCUCCACGAGCAGUGGAGUGCGUGGAGGUGAGAGGUCGACACCGGUUGACCGUGGACUUCUUUAGUUCUGUCGCUACGAAUUCAACUCUGUAUCCUUAUUGGCUCCUCAACUCUUAUGACCAAUAGCUCCAUGACAUACUUCAUGAUGUCAAAAAGCAAGGAAUUCAAGGUUACAAGAUGCAGUGUAUAACAAUAGCACCCAUCUGUACUGAAUUACUGGACUUCAGUGGACUGAUUGGUUUUCAGUGUUGUGCAUUGUAGAUGUACCAUUGUGCUUUCUUUCAGUUUUUCUCUCCAAAAGAUUAGGAAUAACCUGCGUGCAGCAUCAAGCAGCAAGUGUCUUCUGGCUGUAUUCUGUAUUUUUGCUCUCUAUUUAUUUCCAUGUUGGAUAAUCUUGAUGUUUUGUUUUUUGUUUUUUUUUUUUAAGAAGCAAUCACAGGUUUUUGCUCCUCAGAAGGAACUCACAAGUGAACCUAUUUAAGAUGUGUCAAAAAAAAGGUGAUUUCAUAAAGUGCAAUGUCCAACUGUUUUAACAUUACUGUUCCAAAGUGCAAGCCACCUGCUGUGCCAUGACAAAGUAUUUUACAGGAAGUUUCCAAUGUUAGCCCAUUUACUGAUUCACAACGACCUGCUUUAUAAGUCAUCUGCUGACUGAUUGCCCUUUACCAAUGAUAUAAGGUGUUUCUUGCAGUAAAGAAGAGAGUACAACUUGUGUAGAAUAAUUGAAUUAUUUAGAUCUCAAGACUAUAUAUGUUUUGAUGAAUGUGAAGAUUCACUAAUAAACUAACAGUCCCCACUUACUACAUCUACAUCAGAAGAGUUUAAUGAAUUAAAAAUGUAUUUUUGUUAAUUGGAAAUGUGAAGGAUUGUCUCUGUUUUUUAUGAAUAUGAAAGUGAAUAACCUUGUUUUAGUUGUGGUGAUCCGAUUCAGUUAUUCCCUAACCUCAGAGAGAAUAUUAGACUAUUUAAAAAAGUUGUGAAAAUUUUGGCCUUAAGUUUGAUUGGUGGUGGUUGUUGCACUUUGGAUUGUUCAGCUUGUUUGCUUAUGAUCAGUUUUUGUUUUGUAAUUUGUACAAAGAGUGACUGAACCAGAUAUGACUGACUGAUCUGCUUUUUUUAGUUUACAUCCAGGUCUUAAAUUUCACAUUACUCACUGCCUUUACACUGUUUGCAAAAUCCCUAUGCCACUUUUGCCCAUCAAGCACCAUCUGCGAAUGUAAUUCAGCAUUCAGGAUAUUUGUGUACUACCAAUCACAUCUUACGGUUUUAUUUUUUUUAAGUUAUUAUUUUAAAGUGGGCUGUUGUCUUAUACAGUUGGUAUCAUCCAGUAGAUGUAUUUAUUUGAGCAUUAAAUUCAAAUUUAGACUGACUUGUUGACCUUUUGCGAUCAUCUUGUGAAUGGAUUUAACAGUACUUUGGUACUAAGCCUGUACACUGCUGUUCAUAUCAUACUGAUAACCUGCUGGACCCUCAGCUUUAUGUAUGUGAAAGCCAGGGUUUCAUUUAUGUUCAAGGCUGGUAUGGAAUAUACGCCCCUACUAAUAAUAACUGAUCAGAUUCUGUAUUUUAAUAUAUUUAUUGACUUUUUUCUUAACUGUAAGAGCAGAUUUAACCUUUGCAGCAAGUGGUUUGAAUGUCAAAAAAGUACUUUACCAAAUUGGUUUCUUCCAAAAUAUGUGAACUAUACCAUAUAAAUUUUGCUAAUGGAGUGUUUUAUCCAUUAACUUCCUGUUCAUUUCUUGGUUAUUUUGUAAUACAAAUGUGUGAUUUGUAAGCUUUAUGUUAUGAGCUUGAACUGGUGGCUAACAGGCUCUGCAAUAACCCUGCUGGAUGAUUUUCUUUUUCAGGCAGUCGUUUACAAACUAAUAUGUAAGAUAUUGGAAAAGAUUCAAAGUAUUCUGAACCUUAAUAAAGCACUUUUCAUGCUGA